AUGCCGCUGCCAAUACAGGUACCGCCCCAAAUCGAUCCACCACCGCCUUACCCGGCGAGGUAUCACAGAGCGGAGGGUGAGCAUGAGCACCUAAGAGUGUUUCGGGGAACUUUCACGAUUGGAAACCGAGAACUUGAAACGUCUGGGACUUAUGAUUCGCGUCACAGCGCCGUAUUCAGUUUUGAAGACCACCCGGCCAGGCGACCCAGCGACGCGCCAAAUGCAAAUGCAAAUGCAAAUGCAACGGCAACGGCACGCAUCCACCCCACAGUACGCGCAGACUGUCCGAAUUUAGUGAGGCCAGGGUUAUCUCCAAUACAAAGAGUACGAACGCCGGAAAGGCUGGAUGGGGCGCGCCAACAGUGGCUGGAAGACAGGCUGUCGAUGGAGCAGCGCCUCCGGGUCGAAAAGGAGAACAAUCAGAAGCUGAGAGAGUGGAUCAUCAAGGAGAGGAGAGAGAUGCGAAAAGAGGUGCAAGACCGAGUGCACGAGCUGCGGAUGGCGGAGGGUGUCAAGAAUGAGAAUGCGUCGUUGAAGGAGGAGAUUGAGCAGCUAAAGCGUCGCCUUGCCAGAUGCGAGGUGGACGAGCAAACAGACGACGAAGACUGA